GGAUUUCCUCCGGGGUUAACAACACCCUAUAAUUUCACGAUAUAUAUAAAGAGAACUAACACUAUCUAAGUACCGCCUGGAUAUAUACAACAUCUAUCCGCGAAAUAAUUCAGUUUCUAGCAAUGACAUCAGACAAGCCAGUUGCCUUAGUAGUGGGUGCUUCGCGCGGCCUAGGACGGCAAAUCGCUAUUGACCUAGCAAAGAAUAACUACACCGUCGUCGUGGCCGCCAAGACCACAUCCAAUGCCUAUGAAACCGUCCCAUUUCCACCAGAUCCCAACUCCAACAAGUCAACAAUUGCCACUGUUGAACGGGAGAUCAAAGAGGCCGGUGGCAAAGCAUUCGCAAUCCAGGUCGACGUCCGUGAUGUCUCCCAAGUCGAGAACAUGGUGAAAGAGACCGUGCGCCUCGCAGGAAGUCUGGACGUCCUUGUCUACAACUCCGGAGCAAUCUGGUGGUCGUCUGUGGCGAAUACCCCCACAAAGCGUUUUCAGCUCAUGCAGCGGGUUAACCCUGAGGGCUUGUAUGCUACUGUACAGGCAGCCCUACCUGAGUUUGAGAAGAAUAGGUGGAAAGGGCGCAUUGUUGUUGUGUCACCGCCUAUCUACUCGAGGUUUUUCAGGGGGAAGACUGCUUAUGCUAUGGGCAAGGUUGCGAUGAGCGUUUUGACUCGAGGUCUCGCAAUGGAUUUCGUUCGAGAGGGUCAUAAGGAUAUGGCUAUUACAAGUCUUUGGCCAGCGACAAGUACCGAGUCUGCCGCGACAGAAGUGGCUACAUCGCGUGAUCCUUCUCGCAAAGCCAACCUCAGAAAGCCGACUGUGUUCUCCGACGCCGUUAUCGGCAUUCUGAAUACCCCAGCUGAGACUGUGAACGGAAUGCUAGCGCUUGACGAGGAUUUCCUCCGCCAGUACUGCGGUGUCUCGGAUUUCUCCAAGUACUCGGUCGUCCCAGGCUCCAACCCACGGCGCAUCAUGCCAAAGGAGCUCCCGGUGCUAGAAGUAGCAGAGCAAGAUGACGAGGGAAUGCGGAUGGAUAGUACGAAGCUACGGGCGAAGAUGUAGAAUAGUCGGCUUGCUUUUAUCCUCUCUGUUAUUCACUUAAACAGACAUACAAUCUUCAAUCAUCGCCUACCUAGCCCAGUACCAACCCGUCUAU